AUGACUGGUGGGAGGGCCACUGCAUGUGUCAACUCCUCUUCCUCCUGUGCCCAUCUGAGUCUGAGCCAGAUCCAUGUGCCAAACCCCCCCCCAGCUUCUCAGAAACCAUUGCAUGUCACCAGUGGUCUGCGAAAGACACGGUCACCUGAUGAAGUUAGAAAUCCAUUACGAGUAGCAGUAACCCGUCCCAUGCCUCUACACAAUGGUUCUCAAGCUAUGGACUACAUGGUACCUGGAGGUCUGUGCUUUGAUGACCAGGGGAUGAUUCUGCCACACAGCAUCCUGGGUAGCCUUGAUAACUUCAGGAGUUAUCUGGAGGCCCAGGGAGAGAGAGAGUUGGUGAAAUAUAUACCAGAGACAGAGAAACAGCACUUGUCUGGGGUGUUAGGAAGACAGCAUAGUGAUUGUGGAAAGAACAACCCUGUGGUCCCUCCAAAACACAGAGACCACCAGAGUAAUGCCUAGCAGCAUUGGUAUACACAUAUGAGGCAGCGCCAACAUCAGCAGAACCUCUUAUCUAGUGUGCUCCAUAGGCCAGUGGAUACCUUGCUGAUGAACCAAGCCAACUACUUCAGAGAAACUCAGGAGCAGAGAGAGAUUAUGAAUCAACUCCUACCUGCCAUACAGUCUGGAUAUGGCUACCGGGUGGGCAGCGAGUUCUGGAGUCUUCCCCAGCGCUUUGGAGACGAGGUGAGUGGCAUCACAGCAUCCCUAACUCGGACACAGCGGGGCGAAAAAGAGCCUGUCAUACAUGUGGGACGAUCACAUAGUAUACGUCAAGAAUCAGGGAGCAGUCUUGCUGAAACCUCACUGCCAGCCCCUCAUGCCUGGGAGAAGAGUGUGUACCUGCAGCAGCAAUGGCAAGAGAUCAGAGAGGCUUUUAAAGAUCUGGACUUCCACCAGCCGGAGAUUGAUGGGCUGGAGGUGAUUGGCUCCAGAAGGCAAUUCACUUCUCUCAAUAUGUAUUGCAAGCCAUUACAAGAGGAGGAAGAAUGUGGAGAAGAACAGAAAAAGGAGAAAGUGAACCUUGAUUCAAUGGUGCAGUAUGAUGAUGUGCAGUUGGAUCCACUGCUGAUCCCUGCCCUGAGGUUCUGUGGCCAGCCAGCCCACUGGACAGGCAACUCCACUUCUUAUCAGGGGGAGGUAGGGAUCAGUGUAAGGCUUAACUUUGAGGCCCUAACUGGAGAGAAAGCCUGCUCUGUCCUGGAGCUGUACAAUGAUGGAAGUACAGCGAUCUACUACACCUGGCAGCAACUUCCCAUACCGCACAGCUUUACUGAACUACGAGCACCCACAACCUUUAAAAAUUUCUACUUCAACUCCUCAGCAGGUGUGAUCCUACCAGGUGAUGGCUGGCAGGUGGAGAUCAUCUUCAAGUCAGAAGUGCCUGGUAUCAAAAGUGAACUUUGGCAACUGAACACCCACCCUGUGCUAUUGGGAGGAGCCUCCAUGCAGGUCACACUGAGGGGAGUGGCCCUGAGUCGGGACAAGACCGCAGACCAGAGGUUGGCCUUAGAGCGGGAGCUGGAGAAGCAGGAGAGUGUAAAAGUGUGUCAGUCGAUGGUAUAUGAGGUGCUCCAGAGAGUUCGGACCCCAGAGAGACCCAGCUCUCCUGCAGAACGCUACAUUACUGAAGAACAAGAGUUCCUCACUAAAAACCCCAAGUUUCAGUACCAUUACAAGCCAGUGUCAGGGCUGAAGAGACUGUGGUUAGAAGUAACACCAGGAAACAGCUGGGACCUUUCUGUUGGCACACUCAGACAGGCUGUCCUGGCACUGCCUGAGGAAGAGACUGAGUCAGAGUCGACCCAAGGAGCUCUCACUAGAAACAAGGGUCUGGCCCAGCUAAACUCCCUGCUCUUGGGGCUCUCCCCUCCAAUGCUUAAAUGCAUCCCACUUCUUCCCACAACAGUAGGGAGGCAGCUGUGGCGUGAGCUUCUGGACAGGCUAACAAGUGAGGCCAUUUGGCUUAGACACCUAUUGGGCCUGCCAGAGACGGAAACAUGGACCGGCCAGACACAAGAUUCACUGACUACUGGCCCUUGUGAGUCUCACACAUGUCCAGAGAAGGGUGCAUAUGCACUACACUAA